CAUUAUCAACAACAACGUUACCAACACAACAACAACAGCAACAACAACAACAAGAUAAUUUAGUAAAUUUAUCGGGUUGGAGCGUUGUUGCUUCAUGGAAAAAAGAAAAUUUUCAAAUGAACGAACAUCAAAAUGCUUAUUUAGAAAAUAUGUUUGCUUCCGAAAUUUUUCCUAGAGUUUAUUUGGGAACUCAAAUGGCUGCUAAUGAUAAAACCUGGUUAGAAGAUCAUCAUAUCACUCACAUUCUCUCCAUUACCGAAGGAUCCAAUCCAACUUAUCCAGAGUCUUAUACGUAUAAAGUAAUUGCCAUUCGCGAUUAUACUUCUCAAAAUAUCAUUACUCAUUUUGAUACUACAAAUAAAUUUAUUCAAAUGGCUUUACAAGAAGAAAAAAAUAAUAUUCUCGUCCAUUGUCAAGCCGGAAUUUCUCGAAGCCCAACAGUUAUGAUCGCUUAUAUCAUGAAAACUCGCAAGAUGUCAUAUGAUGACGCGUUUAAUCAUGUUCAGUCAAAACGUGCCGUAAUCUGUCCGAAUUUGGGAUUUAGAGAACAAUUAAAGUUGUACGAAUCAUUGGGAUGUCAAAAUUUGAAGACAAACCCGAAAUAUUGGAGAUUUCUAGUUAAAAAAUGGGGAGACAGAUUAUUAUUACCGUUAUACACUUAGAUUAAUCAUCACAUAGAAAAAAUUUCCUUUCGAUCAUUAUAAACGUAAAUGUUUAUCAUUACUAUUUUGAAUUUUUAAAAAAAACCUAAAAUAGUCUUAAAAAAAUAUACAUUUACACUCAUUUUGUACAUAUUAAAUAUUAUAGUAAUUUAUAUCACU